AGAUAACUUAUGUGGAACAAUUGUUGUCUCGUUCAGUUCCUAUUUAUCCGAGUUGCCAUUGCUUGAGCGUCGUCUGCAAUCCUGGGGUAAUUUUGCUGAGACAGGGAAACCAAUAGCCAUCCCUUAGCAGCGCAAUGUUGCUCUGCUGCUGAGGAAGGCUUGCUAGCAAAACCGUCUAACUCAGUGAUAGCGAGAGUAGGCUAUUAACUGCAGAAUAUUGUGACAUUGCACCCAUAACCCGGUCUACAUUUGGGUAGCAUACAACCUGCAAGUGAAAAUGGCGGCACCCAACGCACAAUCAGCCCAAGUUCCAUGUAUGUCGCCACCGUCCGUUGCUGUGAUAGCUGACAGGAAAUGCCCCAGCGCCAGCCUUGGUUCUCCAAUCAGAAUGGUCACUCACCCCGGAAGCCCCGGACCUGCUGGGAAACAUAAGAAGAGGGCCCAGACCAACGGCCAUCCCUCGCCUUCACGUCUCCCUGGCAACAACAACAAUCAUGCAGAUAAACAAUAUGCGGAAGGCUAUCUGAAAACGGACGACAGGAUGCGUUUAGCCAAAGAGAGACGGGAGGAGAGAGACAAGGGCCUCGUGGCGCGGGAGCAGGCGAUCAAGGAGAAGGACCGGCGGGCCCGGCUGCAGUACGAGCGCACGGUGGAGGAGCGCUGGAGGCGCCUGGAGGAGCAGAGGCACAAGGAGGAGCUCCGCAGGGCCGCCGUGGAGGAGAAGAGGAGGCUGCGGCUCGAGGAGGAGAAGGAGCGGCUGGAGGCUCUGAUGAAGCGCUCCUUGGAGCGCAGCCUGCAGCUGGAACAGAGGCCCAGGCGCUGGAUGUGGGGCACUGCCGCGGCCUCUCACGGUGACAGUGAGAAUGCCCUCCUCCCUCUCGCUGCCGCCUCCGCCUUUCCCCAUGACCUCGCAGCCCCCCUUCCUGCCGUCAGCGAAUCCGCUCCCUGCAGCCCGCACAGGUCGCCGUAUCGAGGCUCCCCAGGCCGUGCCGACCGCCACAGGGUCGGCCUCCAGGGGGCGCCAGAGGAGUCGGUCAGAAGCUCCCAGUCCACUCCCAACACCCCCAAGAAGGAGAGACUGCGCCGAGAGAGGAGGACCGCCUCUCCAGCCAUGGUGUCGACCGCCAGGAGAGCCCAAUCUCCAGCCAUGGUGUCGACCGCCAGGAGAGCCCAAUCUCCGGCCAUGGUUUCGAGACACCCCGCCUCCCCCAAGUUGAUAUCAAAAAGUCGUGGCCGGUCGCCUAACGCUGUGCGCCAAUACAACUUUUCCCCAGUCAGACACAGGCCCAGCCCAGCAGACGUCGACGAGGACAAGAAAGGGGAGGACAAAAGGAACCUGGACGCACCGAGAGCAGAGAACAAGGGCCUCGCCCACACAGACAAACCCCUCGGGCGGUGUGAGAGCCCCGUGAAAAGGAAGGCUGACGCCCACGGCCUUGAGAAGUCCUCUCCGGCAGAGAGCCCGGAGAGAAGGUUCCCGAACGCAGAGACCCCUGAGAAGAGGCCUUCCAAGGUGGAGAACAUCGGCACUAUUCAGACCAAGGAAGAGAGCCUUGAGAUAAAGGAUUCCCCUGAGAGGGACUGCACCAGGAUGGGCACCCCGGUGAAGAAGAUACCAAAGCCUACGAGCAACGAAAAAGACAAAAGCACAGAUGCAGAGAAGAGCACAGAUGAACUGACAUCGCCGGUGACGCCAACGGGAAAGGCGGUUGCCGGGACGACAAACGCCGAGGAGGCAUCCAGGCUGCUGGCUGAGCGGAGGCGUCAGGCAAGGGUCCAGAAGGAGCUGGAGGAGAAACAACGGCAUGAGAAGGAGGAAGAGGAGCGUCGGAAGGCCGAGCAGCUGAAGAAAAGACUUGUGGAGGAGAGAGCCCGUCAGGAGGAAGAGACUCAACGCGUGAACGAACGAAACAAACAGGAAGUGCUCCACAGGAAGACCGAGCACGAGGAGAUACAACAGGUCCAGCUGGACAAAGAGAAGGAAGACGCAGAGAUUCACGCCCAGCAAGAAUCGGACCGUCAUCGUCAGGAGAGAGAGAUACAGAAAAUCCAAGAAGAAGAGGAGAGACACCAAAGGAAGAAGAGAAUUGAGGAGAUUAUGAAGAGAACCCGCAAGACCGAAGCUGAGCUGAAGCAGACAGAAGAGGCCCAGGGUGGCCAGCCUGUCUCCCCACCAGGGGAAGGGUGGAUGAACACUCAGACAAUUACUGGUUUCAAUGUGGAAGCGACUUUAAAAGUAGAGUCUCAAGUGAAGGGAGAGUUCAUUACCCAGGGCAGCAAACAAGGGAGUGUACCAGUCAAGAUCGCGGCCCAGGAACAAGCACAUGUCAACAAUCAGGGGAAGGCAAAGGCGAAUGGGAACGUUUGUAAUGAAGGGACUCCUGUGAAGAGUGACCUGACAAUGGGCACAGAAGCUAAAGAUAUGACUGAACACGUGACUGAACACGCGACUGAACACGUGACUGAACAGAAACCCGCCCCGGCGGUGACGGUGGAGGAUUCCACCCAGGGUGCGAAGCAGGAGAGUGCCUUUGUGAAGGGACAGGUGUCUGUCCAGGUGAAAACGCAGGGUCGCGCGCCGUUGAAUGUCAAAGCCGCUGACCAAAUCGAUCAGCGGGAGAACACAAAGAGUCUUAAAGCCAAAGUGACCAAACAGGAGCAGGCAUUGUCUAUGCAGGGCCAUAUGAAGAAGGAUGAAACCAGCCCAAAAUCAAGCAGCCAACCAACCAGUGCUCGUCUAGAGAGGGUGGAUAGCCCCAGCCAACCAACCAGUGCUCAGCUAGAGAAGGUGGAUAGCCCCAGCCAACCAAUCAAUGCUCAGCUAGAGAAAGUGGAUAGCCCCCAGGUUACACGGAAGGUAACCACUCAGGCAACUAACGGAGGUGGCAAAGGAGGGGUUGUAGCGAGCGUGCCGUCACUGGUGGUGACCCAGACAGGAGGCCUACUCCGCCCUCCCCCCCGUCUGGAUGUGAAAAGCAGGGGUGGGGCCAGUGACGAGGUGCAGUCCAUGGAGGUCAGCCCUGUCUCUAAAGAGGAGCUCAUCUCCAUCCCCGAAUUCUCCCCGGUCAACGAGGUUCAGCCGAACGUCAUGACCAACGACCGUGCUCUGGAGGACCUGCUGGACCUGACGGGACAUGUGGCCUUCCCCAAACUGUCCCCUCUCGGAAACCAAGGCGACUGCAACAAGAACUUGAUUGGUGGGGUCUGUAGCCCCUGUUCUGAAUCCCAGCUCAUCCAGACAGUCCCUCAUCCUGCUAAGUCCUCAAACAAGGUCAAUAAAUAGUAGUCAGACACCAAGGAAAGAACAACUCAGUUAUUAUUCGCGGGAGAAGUAUUAGAGUGGGUUGGUUAAGAGGGAGCUGGCUUGUUGUUGUAUGAUGUGUUUUUCCGGAAAUGUCUUCAGUUGAACAGAUGAACAUAUUGGUUUCUCUUUCUUUCUCGUUUGCACUCACGCACAUUGGUUACGUACAGAAAUGCACAGCAUCGAGUCCCGACGUCAAACCCUCUCAAGAUUACAUUGUUCUUUCUAUUGACACGUUCGUCUGACACACCUCAAUAGAGGAGAGUGGAGGAAAUUGGAUGAUUGGGGGACAGACAGCUUCCGUUAGUUUGCAUGCUCUGUGUGACUUUCUCUAAAUGUAUUCAUGCACCGAACCAUUAUAAGCAUUUCUCCCAUGACUACCUUAAGAUACUGUGAGAAGCUGAUAUCAAAACAAAUCAAAAUGCCAUUGCUUGAUAGAAACCCAGACUGGUCUACCAUUUGAUUCCAUAUCGUAGUUAUUGACUUCACACAGACCACAAAUACCUGUGUUCUCUAGAGUAGCUAGUUAGUAUGUAGCAUUUGAUGUAUAAAAAAUGCAUUCCCCUGGUAAUUAUUGUAUCGUUACCCAUCUGUUGAUACUGCACAUAUUCUCACUGUAGUCAAUCAAUUUAGUAAAAUAUAGGUAACCACCGUAGCUAUUUAUUUCUUGACAUUGCAAGAGGAGCUACAUUAACGCUACUGUUAGACAAAUAGUGUUGAGUUACACUAGAUUUAUUAAACAUUGGUAGUUCACUACAUCCAAACGACUACAUCAAAUGAUGUUAAUUGUUCUAAAUCUGAAAUGCCAUAAGACGCAGCACACAUGGGUGGGCUAUCAGUGGUCUAUCUCAAAAAUGGUCACAAAAUCAUCUGUUGAAACAUGUAGUGGUUAGUUUCGAGUUUAGAUCAAUUAUACUACCAAGUUGUUACAAUAUGUAGUAAUGUAUACCUUUUAGUAUUUUACAGUAAAUUGUUGCUCUGCCUCAGCUGUGACUGUUAGAUGCCUCAAAUCAAUUAGAAGUCAUCAUAAAAGACACCCAAAAAUGACGCUAAUAGGCUCAUAGCAUUUGUGCCAUACUACUUGAACCCAGGUUACAAUGUUCUGAAGCUUAACAUGAAUAAACGAUGUAAUUAUUUAUUACGAGUGGCUGAUAAAGCAGCCUUCCAGCCAUAUGGAGCUAACUGAUUAGCUACACAUUAUGAACUUAUUCUGAACAAAUCAGAUGACAUUUUAUUUGUGAGUGGUCUGAAAUGGAGUGAAUGUCCAUAGUUGCAAGUUUCACUUGAACUAAUGUCUCGUCAGAUUAAACGAUUUUACUUGAAAAUAAAGCAAGCAGGUACACAAGCAAUCAGGUUAAUUGUUAGAUUCCUAUAAUUUUAUUUAUGUAAAAUAUUGCAAAGAACACAACAAUGUCAGUUAUGUAAACUGCAAACCUAGCAUGGACAGCUAAACUAGCAUGAGAAGAAGAUGUACAGUGUA